UGGUAAAUGGAGAAAAUCUGCUGUUCUCUCUGGUUCUUCCCUGAGCAGAAGGAAAGGCUCGAUUUCUUCUUCCAGAGAAUCAGAGGGUUCUUCUAGGGAAUGCGGAAAGAUGAGGAGAGCUUCGUUUUCUAAGCCUGAAUCCACCGUCAGGGCCAAGAAAUCCACCGGCGGCAGGACUUGCCACCGGAAACACGUCGAAGACGGGUGAAUCCGGCGCCAAUUCAGCCAAAACCAGUAGUAAGUUGCUUUUCAUUCAUUUAGCAGUUUAAAGGAGUUCAAGAUCGAUACAGGCAUGGCCGAGAAGAGUGUGCUCCACGGGAAGUACGAGCUAGGCCGGAUGCUAGGCCAUGGGACCUUUGCAAAGGUCUACCACGCUCGGAACUUGCAUACCGGGAAGAGCGUAGCGAUGAAGGUCGUCGGGAAGGAGAAGGUGAUCAAAGUCGGAAUGACUGAGCAGGUGAAGCGCGAGAUAUCGGUGAUGAAGAUGGUGAAGCAUCCGAACAUCGUGGAGCUUCACGAAGUCAUGGCGAGCAAGUCCAAGAUCUACUUCGCCAUGGAGCUUGUCCGCGGCGGCGAGCUGUUUUCCAAGAUCGCCAAGGGAAGACUCCGGGAAGACUUGGCUAAGCAGUACUUCCAGCAACUCAUCUCAGCCGUCGACUUCUGCCACAGCCGCGGCGUCUACCACCGCGAUCUGAAGCCGGAGAACCUUCUGCUUGACGACGGCGGUAACCUCAAGGUGACGGACUUUGGUCUGAGCGCGUUUUCCGGUCACCAGCGGCAGGACGGGCUGCUCCACACGACGUGCGGGACGCCGGCUUACGUCGCGCCAGAGGUAAUCGGGAAGAAGGGCUAUGACGGAGCCAAGGCGGACCUCUGGUCUUGCGGCGUUAUUCUGUAUGUAUUGUUGGCCGGUUUUCUGCCUUUUCAGGAGGAUAACAUUGUGGCCAUGUACCGGAAGAUUUACAGGGGCGACUUCAAGUGCCCGCCGUGGUUCUCGCCGGAAUCCCGACGAUUAGUAACCAAGCUGUUGGAUCCGAAUCCGAGCAGUCGAAUCAGCAUCUCAAAAAUCAUGGAAUCGUCGUGGUUCAAGACGACGAUCCCGAAAUCUGUGAGAUCCAAAGAGGAGGAAGAGGAAUCAAACCUCGAAGACGGCGGGAAGAAGAAGGAAACAGAGACUCUGAACGCGUUUCACAUAAUAUCUUUGUCGGAAGGGUUCGAUCUGUCGCCAUUAUUUGAGGUGAAGAAAAGGGAAGAGAAGGAGGAGAUGAGAUUUGCUACGACGCAGCCGGCGAGCAGCGUGAUAUCUCGGCUGGAGGAGGUGGCGGCGAAGACCGGAAAAUUCUGCGUGAAGAAGAGCGGCGACAUGACGAGCGUGAUGCUGCAGGGACAGGAGUCCGGGCGGAAGGGGAAGCUCGGAAUCGAGGCGGAGAUAUUCGCGGUGGCGCCGUCGUUCCUGAUGGUGGAGGUGAAGAAGUCCAGCGGCGACACGCUCGAGUACAACCAGUUCUGCAGCCAGCAGCUUCGUCCCGCUCUCAAAGACAUCGUCUGGACCAACAGCUCGACGCCGGUUUGAUUCUCGCCAUAUCCGUUCAUCUCUUCGCAUCAAAUUAAUCGUUCUUGUUCUUAAUCAUCGUCGUUUGAUUCUAUGCACAUAUAAUUAUUGGAAGAUGGUGGGUAGCCCCACCUGCAAAUUCGUAUUGUGAAUCUGAACCAUCUAUCUACUGUGUGAUUCCUUUUUUA